AUGGAGCCAACCUCUGCCUCAUCCAACCCCCAAAAGGCCACAAACCUUACCGACGAUGUGACAUUGAAACCUUUCGUUCCGACCACACUUUCCACCCAAGCUCCGAACACGUCUUACAGCCACUUCAACGCAACCUAUGCCAACGCGACUUUACACGAGCCAACGAAGCCGAUUCCAGUUUCCUCCACGCCGUCGAGCCGUACAGCUACCGUUGAGACCCAUCCUCCCAUGUCUACCACUUUGCCUCGCACCACAUCACAUGCAAGGCCCAGAACAACUCAGCCAUCUACCACUACCAUCCCCACCACGAGCCACUCAACAACCACCUCAACAACUUCUCAGACGACCUCUCUACCGUCAACUCAGGGAACCUCAAGCAAGGCCCCGCCGCUGGCCACGGUUGUCCCUCAGGCCUUCACGUCCAUGAAGACCAAACUGCAUCCUGACACCCCGUCGCAACUCAACGUGAAUGGUGAAACCGUCAAAGUGCACGAUUCCCCAACGUUGGAUCCCCUGCUGGCCGGCUUAGUGUCGGCCUUCGUCGUCAGCGCCGCCGUCAUCACCCUGCUCCUCUUCCUCAAACUGCGACGACGAGAUAACAGGCCAGAGUUCCGCAGGCUACAGGACUUGCCCAUGACCUCCUCAGAUAUACUCAUUCCCAAGCUCGACUCCCAAACCGCCUUCAGGGUGUUUAAGGUGGGGUCUGAACUGAUUUUGUAA